UGUUUCCUCACGCGCUGAUCGUAUAAUCCUCUGUGGGGUCUAGCAAUCCAUAAUUGCAUGUUACGUUUUUAUUUUAUUUAUUGAAUGGAAUCUCGUCCUCGCUCGAUAGAUUUAUAGUAACAUUGUUAUCGCAAAAGGUAACUUUAUUUAGGUGUUUAUUUAUUAUUUAUUUACCAGGAUAACCUGACUUGCGAUUUGAGGUUUAACAAUGGUCUUCGGGGCUCGCGUUAUAGCGCGUCGGAUCUGUCAAAGUAUUGUGAAUUGUUUCAUUGGCGACCGAGAGUUGAUUUAUAGAUAACUUUCAAUUUAAGGAAAUCAAAUGGAUUGACAACUGGCAAGACUCGUUCUUAUCCUACGUCAAGAUAGAAAGACUUACUUUUGUUUCUAUUUAUUUCCCCCCCGCGAUAAAAUAAUAUGACCUAGACAGAACUUUUGUCCCGUUACUAUGCCCACGAUUCCCUGUAACACUUCACCUCGCAUGGUCUUCAAUCGUCACUCCACAUCAUCAGCCUGAGCAUGUUGGGGAGUCCUUCCAACAACGGGGGCAUCAGGAUGCUGGUGCCACCAGCUUCAGGCGACGACAGGCGGGUAGAAUUCGUCGCUCUUACCGCCGUCCAAACGGAAAGAAGCGAGCCGUCCACCCCGGAGCGCGGACACCCCUACCACCGCACGGGGCUGCUGGGGACGCCGUUGCCCGGGCCCCGCGGGACGCGCGGGACUUCUUCUGCCUCCAACAAGCGCUACCGAAAGUUUCAGAAUUACUUGUACAACGUGCUGGAGAGGCCGCGAGGAUGGGCGUUCAUCUACCACGCGUUCAUCUUCCUGCUGGUGUUCAGCUGUCUGGUCCUGUCCGUGUUCUCCACCAUCCCAGACCACCAAGAGCUGGCCAACGAGGCCCUCUUCAUCCUGGAGUUUGUGAUGAUCGUGGUGUUCGGCCUGGAGUACUUUGCGCGGGUCUGGGCGGCGGGCUGCUGCUGCAGAUACCGGGGAUGGCAGGGACGCCUCCGCUUCGCCAGGAAGCCCUUCUGCGUCAUAGACUGCAUCGUGUUCGUGGCGUCGCUGGCGGUCAUCGCGGCGGGCACCCAGGGCAACAUCUUCGCCACCUCGGCCCUGCGCAGCAUGCGCUUCCUGCAGAUCCUGCGCAUGGUCCGCAUGGACCGCCGGGGGGGCACCUGGAAGCUACUGGGCUCCGUGGUGUACGCCCACAGCAAGGAGCUGAUCACAGCCUGGUAUAUUGGCUUCCUGGUGCUGAUCUUUGCCUCCUUCUUGGUCUACCUGGCAGAGAAGGACGUCAACCCUGACUUUCACACCUAUGCAGACUCCCUCUGGUGGGGAACUAUCACCCUUACCACCAUCGGAUAUGGGGACAAGACCCCCCGUACCUGGCAGGGACGCCUGCUGGCCGCCUGCUUCGCUCUGCUGGGCGUCUCCUUCUUCGCCCUGCCGGCGGGUAUCCUAGGGUCAGGCUUUGCCCUGAAGGUCCAGGAACAGCACAGGCAGAAACACUUUGAGAAGAGGAGGACGCCCGCCGCUAACCUGAUACAGGCUGCCUGGCGUCUCUACUCCACAGAUGCGCAGCACUCCUACCUGACCGCCACCUGGUACUUCUAUGACAGCAUGCUGCCCUCCUUCAGAGAACUGACGUUCCUGUUCAGUCACCUCCAACGACAACGUAGCAACAAGAAAGUCCUCCAAAACUCCUACCAGACCCUGCUGUCUGGGCUCAGGCCCUACAGCUCCCCCUGCCUGCAGGGGGACAGGAAGGCAGAAGUCCCAAGCAGCAGCAACAAGCUGGGCUUCCGCGACCGCAUGCGGAUGAACAACUCCCGCUCGUCACAGGCCACGCGCGGCAAGGCGUCCCCGGCGACGCCGGUGCCCGGCGUGCGGCCGUCCCCCACUCAGGAGAACAUCCCGGAGCCCACCAGCCCGGGGAAGGUGCAGAAGAGCUGGAGCUUCAACGACCGCACACGCUUUCGCACCUCCCUGAGACUCAAGCCACGCCCGCCGGCUGAUGGAGAAGGAGUUGGGGAGGACAGCGUGGAGGAGAAGCCGUACUGUGAUGUGGCCAUGGAGGAAGUGAUCCCCGCUGUCAAGACGCUCAUACGGGCCGUCAGGAUCCUGAAGUUCCUGGUGGCUAAGAGGAAGUUUAAGGAGACCCUGCGUCCGUACGAUGUGAAGGACGUGAUCGAGCAGUACUCUGCGGGACACCUGGACAUGCUGGGGCGCAUCAAGAGCCUGCAGAUGAGGGUGGACCAGAUAGUGGGGCGAGGGCCGGUCGGGGCGGAUAAGAAGAUCCGGUCGGAGAAGGGGGAGAAGACCCCUCCAGAACUGGACACCAUGGAUGAACUGAGCAUGAUGGGAAGAGUAGUGAAGGUGGAGAAACAGGUCCAGUCCAUAGAGAACAAGCUGGACCUUCUGCUCAACUUCUACACCCAGUGCUGGAAGAAAGGCUCGUCUCAGUUCACCCUGUCCUCCCUGCUGGAGCCCGACCUGACGUCGGACUACCACAGUCCCACAGACAACCGGGACCUCUUCCCCUCGGUCAACACCCUCAACAUGUCCCGCUCAGAGAGCAGUAACAUGGAGUGACAGAGACCAGUGACCCCCACACUCCUUUAAGGUCUGAGAGGUGGGGGAAUGGAAACAAAACGCACAGAAGCCCUUUACAUUAUGUCUUCCUUAUAGGCUAACAAUCUUCACUUGAAAGACAUCACUUAAACGUGAGCCCUUUAUGACUCUCUUUCUGAUGCCUCGUUUGAGGAGGCGAUACAGUGCUGGUACUACAGAACAAGGAAACGCUAUCGAUACCGUUCUCCUUUUGACGACUCACCUUUCUGGCCCCCAUGUCUCUUGCAGAUGUUGUUGUCUUUUUGUCUUUUGUUUAUUUGCGUCCUCUGUUUUCUUUUGAGUUUCAUCACAUUUCAGGCGCUGCCAUGAACUACAGUUGCCACUAAAGGGGGCCAGCUGUACUGAAGCCACUGCUGUUCACCCCACACUAGCGCUCAACCCUCCAACUGAAAAGUAGAGAUGAAGAAGAAGAGAGGUUAAGUGAUAGCUACACAGCCACUUAUAUACCACUGAAGCAGUACGGCACAGAGUUGGCCUCAAUUUUUUUGGGGAUAUUGACAGUUCAUCUGAAACUGUAGUAUUUUAUAUUUCUGGAUAAUUCUUCUCCAUGUCGACAGAUUUGACCCACCUAAACCAAUUCAUUCAACCUCAGUCCAAGAGGUCCAUUGGCUAUGUUAAAUAGCUGGGUUCAACGAUUACAACUUCAACCCCUUAAUAUCCUUGUCGGCCAUUUUAGAUUCCACCACAGCUGUUUGUGCUGUGCUGAAUGUAACACAUCCUCACUGACAGCGCACAGCAACACCACCACCACCACGGUACAUUCAGAAGGACCCCGUCAACACGGAACCCAACAUGCUCCCACACAGAAGGCUGGGGAUCCUUGGGUUGAUUGAGGGACUUUGCAGGAGAAAAAAACGCAAAUAAAAAAUGUCCUUUCAUCAAAAAAAAAGGGGUCAGCAUGUCAGGGAAGAAGAUAAAUCAGAAAUGUA